UGAUGGAGAGGCUUUGGGGAGUCAGGAGGUGAGUUAUUCACUGCAAGAUUCCCAGCUUUUGCUCGUUUGAAGUUUGUUUAUUAUUGACGCACACUGUGUACGCCAGAGACAAUGAGAAAGUACAAUUGUACCCAUUACAACAUGAAAAGAAUUAAAUUCUGAAUAAAAAAGGAUGUGUCAGUUCCAGGAACUGAUUGUGGACACGGGUUUGCAAGGGGGCGGGUUUCUGUGCUGUUUAUAGUUUCACAUGCAAGAGUCAGUCCUGAUGCCUGGCUGUGCCCGACCUUCAGUGCUUUCCUGGGAGAUCCAAUUGAAUCUGUUGCUGGACGGGAUUGUAUACUUGGUCGGUCCCAGCCACUUCCCGGCACUCUGCACAUUGUGGGCAUGAUCAAGUUCUCAGAUCUCACACCAGAGGAAAACGAAGAGAUCAAGAGAGUCCGUUUGCAUAAGGAAGAGCUGCAGAACGACAUUCAGAGACUGAAGAUGGAAAUUGCAAAAGUCAUCACUGAGCUUGAGAACUUUAAUCACACAGAGGAAGGCACACUUGCGGAGAGGAACAAGCUGAUGGCCAUGGGAAAGAAGAAAUUCAACAUGGAUCCCAAGAAGGGUAUAGAGUAUUUGGUAGAAAACAAAUUGCUAUCUCCGAAGGAAGAAGAUGUUGCCAAGUUCCUAUACAAGGGGGAAGGCCUGCAUAAAACAGCCAUAGGAGACUAUCUUGGAGAGAGAGAGGCAACAUACAUCAAGACCCUACAAUGUUUUGUUGAGCUUCAUGAGUUUGCAGAUCUCAACCUUGUGCAGGCACUGAGGCAGUUUCUAUGGAGCUUCCGGUUGCCGGGUGAAGCACAGAAGAUCGACAGAAUGAUGGAGGCGUUUGCAACACAGUACUGCCAUUGCAACCCAGACGUUUUUCAAUCAACAGAUACCUGCUACGUGUUGUCCUUUGCCAUAAUCAUGUUGAACACAAGUCUCCAUAAUCCCAAUGUUAAGGACAAGCCAACACUGGAGAGGUUUAUAACAAUGAACCGUGGGAUUAACAAUGGAGGGGAUCUUCCUCAGGAUCUUCUCCGGAAUUUGUAUGACAGCAUCCGGAAUGAGCCAUUUAAAAUCCCAGAGGAUGAUGGGAAUGAUUUAACACAUACAUUUUUCAACCCAGAUAGGGAAGGAUGGCUUUCGAAACUGGGAGGCCGAGUGAAGACAUGGAAACGUCGUUGGUUUAUUCUGACAGACAACUGCCUGUAUUACUUCGAAUACACAACAGAUAAAGAACCCCGUGGUAUUAUUCCUUUGGAAAAUUUAUGUGUCAAAGUGUCUGAAGACUCCAGAAAAUUGAAUUGCUUUGACUUGUAUAGUCCAAACAGCAAAGGUCAUACCAUUAAAGCCUGCAAAACACACAAUGAUGGACGGGUUGUUGAAGGGAACCACCAGUUUUACAGGAUAUCUGCCCCGUCGAGGGAAGAGAGAGAUGAAUGGAUUAAAUCAAUCAGAGCCAGCAUCACGCGAGAUCCUUUCUACGACAUGGUAGCUUCUCGAAAGAAAAAGUUAACUGUCAACAAAUCAAAUUGAAAGGAUGCACUUUGUUUCUUACCUCUCAAGUGGUUGGAUAAAUAAGCGAGUGAAAUAGUCACCUGUAUUGUGUGAACUUGUGCUUUUGGUGACUACACCUGUUUGGAUCAUUCCAAAAUAAUCCCUGAACGUUCCUCCAUCAGGGUGUGCAUUAAUCCCUGAAUUAUUUUAUUGUGAAUUACGCUUUGGACAGACUUGUAUUGUCCUUUGCUCCAGUUACAGUCAUAUCCAUAAAUGGAUCAGAAGCUCAUCGGCGCUAUCAUAGCCUGAAAAUUGCCACUGUACCUGCACUCUAAGUAGGAGCAUGAAUAUGCAAUAGUAACGAUUGUGUUCGAUUGACACGUAUUGUGGGUUUCUCGUAGACCUUCCAUGCUUAAGUUCUAAUUAUAUUGUCUGGGAUAACUGUUGAGUCACGGCCUCACAUUCAACCAGAAGCCUUAUGAGUGAUUGAGGGGGGAAGGCAAUGACUUAGUGAUAAUAUCAUUGGAUUGUUAAUCCACAAACCCAGGUCAAGUUAUGGGGACCCAGAUUCAAAUCUGCCAUGGCAGAUGGUGGAAGUUGAAUUCAGUAAACGAAAUCUAGAACUAUGUAUCAAGUGAUGACCAAGAAACCAUUGUUAACCGUCAGGGAAAAUCCCAUUUGGCUCACUAAUGUCCUUUAGGGAAGAAAACUGCCUUCCUUACCUUAUGCAGUCAACAUGUGACUCCAGACCCAUAGCAACAUGGUUCACUCUUAAUUGCCCUCAAACAUUAGUGACUCCAUACCUGGAGUACAAUGCACAAUUUUGGUCUCCCUAUCAAAGAGCAUUAUUUACUCACCCUAAAGGGACUUCAUUGAAAGUUCAUUCGACUGUUUCCUGAGAUGAAGAGUCUAUCCUACAAGGACAGAUUGACUAGAUGAGGCCUAUAUUUCCUGGAGUUUUGAAGAAUAAGAAAGGACGAGGUUAUUGAAUACUUAAAAGAUUCUUUGCAAAAUAGAGGUUUCCUCUGGUUGAAGAGUCCAGAACUAGGGUCAGAAUCUCAAAUUAAGGGAUCCAGAUCUAGACAUCUUUCCUGAUAUAUUAUGAAUCUUUGGAAUUCUGUACAUGGAAUGCUGAGUAUAGUCAAGACAGAGAUCGUUAGAGCUAAGGUAAUUGAAAAGAUGGGGGUAAGUUUUGGAGUGUGGGGUUGAUUGAAGACUAGUCCUGAUCUUUGCUGAAUAGUGCAGCAAGUGGAGGGAGCAAAUAAUCUCCUGCUUCUAUUCCCCAUGUUCUUAAAUACUGGCAGCAAUUGAAAAUGACUCAUUUUACAGCCGCUGUGUUUCAACUGAUUCAGAUAACUGCUGACAUUUGAUGUGUGGUGUGGACAGUUUCCCAGCACCAGUGACUGCGUUGCUAUCAUUAGGACUUUAUAGAUUGAAACGUGUAAAAACAUUGUUCCAAAGAAACUGACUGAACAGACAUAUUGAGUGUCUAAUAAUGAAUUUUUUUAAAAAAAGAUAUAUAUAUAUAUAUAAAAUGUAUUAUUGGUGUCAAGUAGGUUUUAAUGAAUAAAGCACUGAAUAAAUAGAGGUUAGAAAUAGAAACUCAUAGUUUUACCCACUUCAUGCUGUGUUUUGAAUGGUUCAAAUACAUUGUCCCUUGAUACUGAAUCUUUAAUUACGAUAAGCUACUUAGCCCAACUUCAAGAAUUUUGUUAUCCUGAACAUUCACUCUUUUUGGGCUACAUCUCAACAAGUGACAAAAUUUCCGAAAUGGAAAUUAUUUUUACACAGAGAGCAUGAACAAGCUAUUCAGAAAGCUAUUAUUCUGACAGAUCCAUUAGCAAUGUAGAUGAGAUUAACAAGUUUAACUCAAAAGCAGUAAAUGCUGCUGACUUCUAUACUAAAAGCAGAAAGAGCUGGAAAACCCAGCAGGUCUCGCUGCAGCUGCAGAAACAGUAACAGGCUUCAUGUCAAGUCCAAUAUGACUUCUUCAGACGCUUUGUUAUCUUGCAGAGUGUGCAGCUGUGGCUAAGUAGCUAGCACUGCUGCGUCUUGAACAGAAGGUUGUGGCUUCAGGUCCCAACACUUGGUUUUCCAGGCUGACGCUUCAGUAGAGUACUGAGCGUGGUCGGUAUUAUCAGAAGCCUGGUCCUCCUGCCCUCUCAAGUGGGUGUAAAGAUCCCGAGAUACUACUUGAAGACAAGCUACACUAUUCCUUUAGUGCCCUAGCCAACAUUUAUUCUUCAGUUAUUGUGGGAAACCUAUCUUUCAUCGGUUAGCUCAUUACAUUUUGUGCAAGUCUGAAAGCACAAUUGGAGACUACACACUUGACAGCAGCAGUCAAGUCGCCAUAGUCUUACCAGACCAAAGGGCUGAUCUCAUUAGAGAUACAUGACUGACGGUGAUUUAACCCGAGGGCCACCAUACUUCAGGUGAAGGGACAGAUCGAGGAGGAGAGACCUUCAUGGUAACCUAAGCAGGUGUGGGGGGGGGGGG